AUGGCCGACAACCAAGACACUCCCAACCGGGAGAAGCUUGUGCAAGAGUUCACCGCCAUGUGCAACUGCAGUCCGGACGAAGCAACACAGUACCUCGACGCCCAUCAAUGGGAUCUUCCGGCCGCUUGUAACAGCUUUUUCCAGGACGACGACGAAGCGAGACUGCAAAGCGGAUCAGGCGAUUCAAGACCCGAGCCCUCGUAUACUGGGCCACGGACGCUUGAUGGACGACCUGCUCCCGCAGACACCUCAUCUGGUCGAGGAGGCCGUCCGCCUACGUCACAGCCCAAGAGGAGGGGCGUUGCGACGCUAGGGUCACUUGGAGGAGCUUCCCAUUCCCAUGACGAUGGCGACGAUGACGACGACGACGAUGAGGACGAUGACGAAGAAGGUCGUGGCGAUCUUUAUGCUGGCGGUGGGAAAUCUGGGCUUGCCGUACAGGACCCGCAUCAAGGUGACCAAAGGAAAAUUAUCAAAGAUAUGUUAGCCCAGGCGAAAGCCAAUGCGUCCCGGCCCGAUCAGUCUGCCGACGAACCUGGUCCAUCCGCUCCGUCGCGCUUCCGCGGCGCUGGCGUCACACUAGGUGGUGAGGGUGUUGAAAGUCGAAGGAUUCCUGAUCCUCUGGGUUCUCUCCCUGCAUCCAGUGCCGCUCCCGAGGAUCGCAUUCUACACAUCUGGCAGGACGGCUUUAGCAUUGAUGAUGGAGAGCUUCGGCGGUUCGACGACCCAGCAAACCAAGCGGAUUUGCAAAUGAUCAAGUCAGGUCGGGCUCCGCUACACUUGAUGAAUGUCCAAUAUGAUCAGCGCGUCGACGUCAAGCUGCAUCGACACGCGACCCCCUAUCAGCAACCACUCAAGAAGUACACGCCGUUUUCCGGAGCAGGUCAGCGUCUGGGAAGUCCUGUACCUGGUGUCGGUAGUCUUGCUCCACGUCUUGCUUCCACAGCCACAGCUUCCACAUCAUCAGUCUCAGCAUCAACAAGCCCGGAGCCAUCUAUUGACUCCUCACAGCCUACCGUCAUGAUUCGAAUUCAGAUGCCAGACGGGACGCGACUACCGGCUCGUUUCAAUACGACCAAUACUGUGGGAGAUGUCUACGGAUUCGUACAGAGGGCGUCACCAGAUAUUAGAACUAGAUCGUGGGUCCUCGCAACAACUUUCCCGAACAAGGAACAUACCGAUAAAGACUUGGUGUUGGGUGACAUGGCGGAAUUCAAAAAGGGCGGAACAGCUGUUGUCAAGUGGACUUAG